AUGCUCGAUCUUUCAGAAUCAAAGUCCCUCAAACCUAUCGCGAACGGCUGGAACUAUAGUAUCCAGCUGAACCGUUGGUUCCUAAAGCCGAUCGGCGCGUGGCCUUUGACUCUCUGCGAAACGACAAUGGAAAAAUUCAGUUGCGUGAUCUUGACAAUAAUUAGUUGCUUCCUAAUAUGUUUUUUGUUAAUCCCGUGCACUCUCUGCACCAUUCUGGUGGACACCGAUCUUGACACCAAAAUCAGAAUGAUCGGUCCGGUCAGUUUUAUCCUAAUGGCCGCGAUAAAACAAUACAUUCUUAUCGCUCGCAGCGAAAAUAUCGCUGCGUGCAUUCGGCACGUCCACGUGGACUGGAAUCGAAUCGCGCUAGGUCGUGAAAAGGAUCGCGAGAUUAUGCUGGAUAACGCCAAGUUCGGCAGGUGGCUUUCCAGCGUUAGUGCGGUGUUCAUGUACUCCGCCGGCAUCUUUUUUACUACCGUGAUGCCGAUCUGUGCGAGGAGAACAGAAAUCAUUGACAACGAAACAGUGAGAUCGCUGUCCUUCCCGAUUUACCGCGGUCUUUUUGAUCCGAGAACCACUCCGUCCUUCGAGAUCGCGCAGUUCGCACAGGCUCUGGCCGGUUACGUCAUUUACACGAUUACUAUCAGUGUCUGCAGCUUAGCCGCGGUGUUCGUCAUGCAUGCCUGCGGACAAUUCCAAAUUCUCAUGAUGAAGCUGGAAGAUCUGGCGGACGGGAAAGAGAGAAAGAGCGCCCGCAACACGCCCGAGAAAAGGCUCGGCGACAUCGUGGAAUAUCACAUCAGGAUACUUGGUUUUAUAACUGACACUGAGCAGCUUUUGAACGAGAUUUUCUUCGUGGAUGUAGUCGGAUGCACGCUCAACAUAUGUUUUCUAGGAUUCAAUAUGAUAACGGAAUGGGAACAUCGUGAAACUUUAGGAACAAUAACGUUCAGUUCGCUACUUAUAUCCUUUACGUUCAAUAUUUUUAUCUUUUGCUAUAUUGGUGAAAUUCUUAGCGAACAGUGCAUACAAAUCGGCACGAAGUCUUACAUGAUAGAUUGGUAUCGCAUACCGCAUAAAGGAGCGCUUGGUUUGACAUUAGUGAUGACCAUGUCCAAUACCACAAUCAAACUCACAGCUGGAAAAUUUAUGGAUUUAUCUUUGACCAGUUUUGUCAGCAUUGUAAAAGCGGCAGUGGCUUAUCUAAAUUUACUUCGUAAGUUUUAUGUCUGAUAUAAAGCAACAUGGAAUAUUAGAUGUAUUAUAGUAAGUGUUAACAAAUAGAUCUAAUAAAAAUUAAAUAUAUAUGCUAGC